GGAAGCUUCUUCCUCAUACUUGGCAACCGCGAUAUCAUCUUGAAGCAAUCUAACGCUUGACUCAUUCUCCCAUCCGAGUCGUAGCGAUGUCAUCGGCGAGCCCAGCAGCUCUUGCCUAACCGGCGGACUUUUAUCCACAUACUUCCCUCCAAAUCACUCAAGCGCAGACCUGUUAAUUCACAACCACUAUCCACUAUGGCUCAAGCCAGACUCCACCAGUAUCUGUCUCGUGAUACCUACAACACUAUUGAGAAGUGGAUCAUCGAAACUAAUGCCGCGCUUGCUAGCCACAGAGCAGAUCUUCCUUUUAUGCACUCUGCGCCUCAACCUAUCAAAUUUCCUGUGUCGCGAACCCACAUUGCUCGCGUCCUUGGCAAGAACCGACCUCCAGAAACUAUAACACCGGAGAUGAACCUCAAAGAACUGGGACACGAUCCCCUUAUGUUGAAGGAAGAACAGCUUGGUCGGGAAAGGCUAAGUGCCUGCAGGCCCAUACUGAAGAUGAACCCUGAGGUCGCCGCAGAGAAGAUCCAGGAACAACUGCUGGCUCGUGAGCAUUGGCUGACUCCGUCCAAGCGGGGAUUCGAACAGUCAGCCGCAUACCAGGCAACUGACCUGGCACCGACUGCUUCCACUGCAAAGAAGGCACGUUACGGAUAUGAGCGUCGUCCUCGACAUAAAACCAAGAGUGAUCGAUAUGAGUACAGGAACAAGAUGGUCCACGCGAGGAGCGACCGUGUCUUGAAGCGAGUGAAAAGGACAAGCAAUGACACCUUCCACGCUCCCAACGUACCUUGUGAUCGUUUGACACUGAAUCAUAGGGGUAUUCAGGGAAUCUUCAAUAAGGGAAAAGCAUCAGCUCCCGUCAACCCGCUCCACAGCGGUCAAAUGCCGGAUAUUUUCGGUUUCGAUACACCUUUGACUGCAUGGAAUUUGCACUCAGCCCACAAAGUCGGGUUCUCUGAAAGCGAAUUCUUGCUUGGGAAUUCAGAUACCGACCAGGUCUGCGUCAACAGCAAGUCCACCUAUGAAGUAUGUGAGGGGGCCGAUAGUGUCAAAUAUCCAGCCACAUCCGCACCCAAGCAUACGAAUGUUGUCUCGGAUAUCCCGUGUCCAGCGUAUGGAUGUUGCCCUUCACGAUGGGAUGAAGAUGUCAAGCUACUUAGCUACCAUCUAAGCCCCGAAUGCACAUUUGGGGGCCUAUCAAAGCCAAACAAGGCUAUUGCGGUUAAAGACCCGCAAUACUAUAGCCGAUUUGAAGGGGGUAUAACAUUUCAGGAAGGCAAUUAUCCCUCUUUAUCUUGGUUGGAAACAGCCCAAAGGGUCGACGCAGAUGAGAGGGAUAUGAGAAUGCCUGAGAAGCCCAAAGCAUUCUUUGCGCGCAACGAUUCAUUCCUUGAGCUGUCCGGGUUGCCUGAUGUGAACACGUGUUGGCGGCCAGUCUCGGCCCUCCGAAAUGGCAGCAGCUCUGUAGCUGCUCUUGGAGAGUUCGAUUACGGUAUGAUAUUGGAUGGAGGAGUGCAUAAAACGACUUCCAGAUGCCACGACCCACUUCCGGAGCUUCGAGCUGGAAGCGACAGUAGGGAAUCGUUCUCCGUUGUCGAAGUCGAUGCUUUUGGCGAACCGUUGGAGCGCCAUGAGAGCAGAGCUAUGAAGGCCACCAAGGAGUUGGAAUAUGAGAUUCUGGACGUCACCAUGGUAUCCGAAGCCAUUGACUGUUCAGAUAUACAGAGUGUGAAUGACUUAGAAGAUUGUGUCACCAUUGUCACCCACGAUACAAACACUCCAAGUGCAACCACCCGCGACAUGAGCACACGCGGAAUACAGGAAUGUGCUGGACCCUGGCUCGAGAGACGAAGCCCUGGGUCAGAUACAACAAGAACCGCAGAUUUGGUUACGGAAAUAUUUGAUGGGCGUGGGGGGUUUUGGCAGCGGCAGAAGUUUUAUUGAGAUGCGUUGACAUUGACUGGAAUAAUAUGUUAAGGAGGCCCUUCUAUUACUUGAGAUUUGCUUGUUGGG